AUGUCGAAUAACAACAACAACAACCACCUCAAUAACCCUGAGGAAGACUCGAAGAACCCCAAUUCAGCCCUCCUCCUCAUUAACGACACGAAAGCAUCGCAUCAAAUUGAACUUGUGCUUGAUGAUCCUCCGCAUGAACACCUGAACUCUCAACCCGAAAAAUAUUCCCAAAACUGCAGACCAUCCCAUCUCUUCAACGGAAAGAAUUUAAAGCAAUCGUUUCAUCAUCAAGAGAGAGGUGAUUUUGAACAUUCUCUAGAGGUACCAUCGGGUGAGGAGAAGAGCUUGUUUGAGUUUGUAAGCAAUUUGUGUUGCUCUGCGUUCAAGUUGUGCGAUUGUCAUCUAUUGGGAGAUCUCAUGCUGUCGUUUUUAAGGAAUAUUGUUUGUUUUCAGUCUCUCUCAAAGACACGAAAUGAGAGUUUGCAAGGUGUUCAUGAUCGCAACAGAAAUCAUAAAGUUUUUAAGGAAUCAUUAAUUGUUGUGCUUGAAAGAGAGGCAAAGCACAGCGAAGCUGGUCAGUCCGGCAUCAGUCUUGACAAUAAUUUUCAUAAUCGAGUGCCAUCCAUUGCAGAGGAGUGCUUGAAAAUGCUCGAAGAAAAUGCUUCUAAAGAGGGAAUAUUCCGAAUACCAGGGCACGCCCUUGAAAUUGAGAAGAUUGUCACUGCUGCUAAUUCUAAUCAAAAGCUUAAUCUACGUCUUUUUUCAGUGCACACCGUGGCAAGUGUGUUGAAACGUUUUGUUCGAGAAUUACCUGAACCUCUCCUACCCAGCCACAUGUACAAAGAAUGGACCGCUCUUUCCACCUUGCACGACGUUCAUGAAGAAAAAGAGAAUCUUCUUAAUUUAUUUAAACAAUUGCCAAUCCCAAAUAGAACUUUAUUUAUUAGAAUUUUAAAGCUAUUGAGAAAGAUUUCACAGCCUCCUUGUUUGGAAUCCUCAAGGAUGAACGAUUCCAAUCUUGCAUUCAUAUGGGGAAUGAACUUCUUGCGUCCCUCAGACUCUGAAAUUAGAACGGACAUUGGAAAAGUGAGUCAUGCCAUCAUUCUCUGCAUACGAGAGUACGAGAAUUUGCAACAAUGUCAUGAUGAAAUGUUAGUGAAUGAAAGCCCCAGCCAUAGUAAUAAACGAACGUUCCAAUAA